CAAUUAGAUUUUUCUCAUUUCUUUCAGUUUGCAAUAUGGCCGUGAUGAUGUCGUUCGUGUCUGUAGCCGUAUCUAUAUUGUACACGCCGUUUUUACUGUUAAUUUUGUGUAUUAUUUUCUUAGCAUCAAUUGGAAAAUCUUUGGGCGUCAGAAGACUCUAUGUGAAUAUUUUACUGAAGCUUUUCGAGUAUGGACGUCAACACAUUGAAGUGGCCAAGAAGCUGCAGAGGAAUGAUAGUUCUGAUGAAGAUGAAGAACCGCCGACACCAGAUAAGCCGCCUUCAGCAAUCAUCAAGGAGAAUGGAGUUAAUGGUUGUGCAAAGAUGAGUGUGAUAGAACGACAAGAAAUACUAGGCCCGUCGCCGGAACUCAACUACAAGAGAAGUCAGAGUCAGGAACGGUUGCAAAAUGGACAUACAAACGAACUAAAUAGACCGGAGAAUAGCUUGGAAGUACAUCUCUCUCACUGUCUGGAUUUAGUGAAAGCUGGCAUGGAGUCAAUUAUAGAAGAUCAGGUCACGUCUGUCUUCGAGGCUGAAGAGUUGAGAAGUUGGAACUUGUUGACCAGGACGAAUAGGCAAUACGAGUUUCUAACAUGGCGCCUGACAAUUAUAUGGGUGAUGGGUUUCGUUGUGCGAUACUUCUUUCUACUGCCACUCAGGAUUCUCGUCUUCUUCAUUGGUGUGCUUAUAACUUUAACUGUCACGUGCCUGGUGGGAAUGUUGCCAAAGGGGAAAAUUCGCCGACUCCUCGGCGAAAUUAUAUACAAAACGGCAAACAGGAUUUUGGUGAGGGGCGUAUCUUGUGUCGUGAAUUUUCACGAUACACAGCACAUGCCGAAGCCGAAUAGUUUCUGUGUUGCCAACCACACGAGCCCGAUUGAUGCUAACGUUCUCAGUACCAACACCUGUUUCUCUCUGAUUGGUCAGAGUCACGGUGGUUUCCUUGGUCUAUUGCAACGUGCGCUCGCUAGGGCUUCGCCCCACAUUUGGUUUGAACGCUCUGAGGUUAAGGAUCGCCACGCUGUCGCCACACGAUUAAAAGAACACAUCUCAGUACCGGAUAAUCCACCGAUUCUUAUAUUUCCCGAGGGCACAUGUAUUAAUAAUACUUCAGUUAUGCAGUUCAAGAAAGGCAGCUUUGAGGUUGGAGGCACCAUUUAUCCAGUAGCCAUCAAAUAUGAUCCGCGUUUCGGUGACGCAUUCUGGAAUAGUUCGAGAUAUGGAAUGCUGCAUUAUCUACUGAAUAUGAUGAGCUCUUGGGCUAUUGUUUGCGAUGUUUGGUAUUUGCCGGCCAUGACGAGAAGGGAUGCUGAGAGUGCAGUGGAUUUCGCAAAUCGCGUCAAAGCGGCCAUUGCGAGGCGUGGCGGAUUGGUGGAUCUUCAAUGGGAUGGUCAACUGAAACGAAUGAAGGCAAAAAAAGAGUGGAGAGAACUACAGCAAGAGGAGUUUAGUAAGAGAUUAAAAGGAGAGUAGGAGGUGAUUUAUAUUUAAUGGAAAUUAAGCUUUCCCACGCGUGGGACGAAAAGACUGUAUUUGUGGGACGUGAAGUGGUAUCAAAAAUAUAAAAAAUUGUUUGAUAGGGCCUGGGACUUCAUUAUUUUUUAUUUAGUGAACAAAAUUUUAUAUAAAAACUAUUAGAUGUGCCACGCCCUGUCAAUUCAAGAAUUACGUCAUAAAAAUUUACCCAAUUUAAAAAAUUACUGGAUUAUUUGUUUGUUUCAGUAUAUAUUUAUUUAGAGAUUUUUACAUGUAUGUUUCCACUUCACGUUGCAUAUUAUUUUUGGGGCGUGUUUAGAGAAUAUUUUUGGCCUGUGGUCUUUGUAAUGUCUAUACUCAUUUGUCGUAUGGUAGCGCUCAUAUAGUCGUUACGAUAUAAUUUGUCGGUACGACAUUAUCUGUCCGAUUUUUAUAGCAAGAUUAAAUUUCCUCACUACAGUGACAUAACAUGGUUAAAAUAUUCAGCCAACAUAUUUUAUUCCGAUUGUAUGCGGCUGAGUUUCAUUAUACCACAGAAUUUCCGAACCAAUUCAACUUA